GAUUACCUGGUCAAUUAAAGCUGAAAAUGUUGGAUUAUGAAUCAAACUCAGUAAUGGAUGAAUCAAGCAAACUGGUAAAUCAAGUACAGCAAGUGACAAGUGAUUCACCUGUUGUGCAUAAUAA